AUGGCGUCCGUCGAUGAGAAUUUAGGGCUCACGCCUGAGUCACUCAUGAGCUACAGUAAGAUGAUCGAUGACCAACUGGAUCACUCGGGGAUGAAAUCGUUACUUUCCUUGAUUGAUGCCUUUAAUAACGAGAGAAUCACACUUAGCGUGUUAAGCAAGUCUGUUGUUCUUUUGUUCCACAAACAUAGUAACACCGAAGGUGAGAUCCGAGGUUGCAAUGUUUCUGCAGUGAGGGCUAAAGUAGAUGAUGAGAAACCGAAGAGGAGCGGAGCCCGUAUUAGGAUUAGGAUUAAAAUAGAUGAGAACCCUAAAGAAGAUCUUUCUGAGGGAAAGAAGAGAAGAAUCAUUCACUCGGAACCGGCAACUGAGAGGUCUCUGAAGAAAGCAAGAACGUCAAGGCGGUUAUUAGAACGAGUGACACCGAGCUAUAAGCUUAUCCCUGAGGAAGAACAGUGUCCUGUCUCAGACAACCAUGUACUGAACAACAAGUACGCUGUGAUGCAAUUUAAUGGCUCUUCGAAACCUAAGAAACUGAGCAAAUACGAAGAAGCAAUUGAGGGUUGCGAAGAGGACAUGUUUGAGACUGAUAUGUUGAUAGAAUCUCUUAAAAGUGCUAUGGAGAGCGCUGAGAAAGUUAUAAAGAAGGAGAUGAGCGUGGAAGAUCUCGGAGUAAAGUUCUACAGAUGCAUCGAGAUGCUAUACCGUGGAGAUGUGUCUGAGAUUGUGAGAGAAGACCACAAGAAGGCUUUACCCGCCAUCUUAGAGCGGUUGAAGCAGAAGCUGGAUGCGCUCACAGUUGCUAAGGAAAGCUGGAAGCCUCGGUGGAAGCAAGUCUUUGAGGAAAACACUGCAAAGCAAAGAAAAGCCACACGAAAAAACUGA